AUGUCUGAGGACUCGGAUGAGGAAUUCAAUCAAGCCAUACAAGCCAGUCUUGAAGAUCAAAUUGGAGCUGGAUGCACAGAGAAUGUGCCAGUGACUAAACUACUGAAUGACUUGGCAGCACAAAUAAAUGUGAAUGCAACCAGCAAGUUUAACAUCAAUCGAUCUGCUGUGCUGGAUGGCACCAUAAGAGGCUUUAAAAGAUCAUCUUACAACCCUCGUCACAGGAUUAGCGUAACAUUUUCAGAUGAUUCUGGAAAUACUGAAGAGGCAAUAGAUUUGGGAGGCCCAAGGAGGGAGUUCCUCAGACUACUAAUGCAAGCUCUCAAACAAUCAUCAAUGUUUGAAGGUGCUGAAGAGAGUCAGAAUUUGGCACUUGAUUCACAAGCACUAAGGGAAGACAGAUACUUCAUUGCUGGAAGAGCAAUUGCGAUCAGUCUCGUUCAUGGAGGACCAGCUCCUGGUUUUUUGUCAUCAACCCUUUUUUCUUGUCUGUCGGGAAGCCCAGAGACUGCCAAACCAACUCUGGAUGAUGUUGCUGACAUUGAGUUGCGCGGGAAAAUCAAAAGGAUUUUGGAAUCAGCAACUAUGACAGAGUUAAACAGUGCGAUAGAGCCUCUUUUGGACUACCUGACUAACUGUGGAUGUCUUCGAGCAAUGAAGACUGUAAAUGACAAGGAAAUGUUACUUGAAGACAUCUUAAUGUUUCAAGUCAUCAACAGAGUCCGAGGACCAUUUGAAAGGUUUUGUGAAGGAAUGAAAACUCUGGGUGUUCUGGAGCAACUCCAGCAACAUCCAGAUGCCUUCUGUCCCUUGCUCUGCCACAAGACAAGACAACUCACGGCAGACAUCCUGGAUAACCUUUUUCAGAUUCAGUUCUCAGAGUCUGGAAGUAACAGACGUAUGGCAGAGAACAAUGUCACUGCCUACUGGCGGGACUACUUACAAGAUGCAGAAGAUGAAGAAGGACCUACAAAGCUGGGGAAGAUUCUGACCUUUGCAACAGGAGCUAGUGAGAUCCCUCCUAUUGGCUUUAGCCCUCAACCAUCCAUUGAGUUUCUACAUGAUGAACAGACAGUUUUCAACUCUUCACAUGGUGUCUCAGCUGCACGCUUCCCAAUGGCCAAUACCUGUGUAAAUUGUUUGCGCAUUCCUCUGCACAGUGCCUAUGAAGCUUUCAAGACCAACAUGGAUUUUGCUAUCGCCAACACACAGGGGUUUGGUAUGCAGUAAGGAUAAAAAAUAGGCAUUUUGAUUCAAGCAUAAUUCUAACAGUGAAAAGGUGGCAAUAUUUAGCUGAAAUGUGGCUAUGCUCUUUAUAACAUUAUGCAUUUAAAUGUUUGUUUCAUUUAACUGUCUCAAAAGAAAAUUAAGGAGUAGAACAAAUUAUGUUAUUAGGCAAUUUAAUUCAAGUUUUGAAUUGGCACUGAAAGGUUUUCCAAGUCGUAACAAAGGGGCAUUAUGUUGCAAAAUCUAUGUAACAGUAUGUAUUGUUUAGCUUUUAAUCUAAUUUGUUUCAUUUAACAGCCUCAAAAGAAAACUAAGAAGUGGUAAAAACAAAUUAAUACCAUGGUUACCAUCGUCUUCAAACGAAAAAGGGCCAGAACA